AUGGGGAAAGGAGGAGCUUUGAGUGAAGCUGUAUUGAAGAACAUCAUCCUUUCCUACACUUUCGUCGGCAUAUGGAUCUUCCUCAGCUUCACCGUCAUCGUCUUCAACAAGUACAUCCUCGAUCGAAAGAUGUACAAUUGGCCUUACCCCAUCUCACUCACCAUGAUCCACAUGAGUUUCUGUUCUUCUUUAGCUUACAUCCUCGUCAGCAUCCUUAAAGUCGUUGAACCAGUUCAGAUGACUCGUGACGUUUAUCUCACAUCUGUCGUCCCAAUUGGUUUGCUCUAUUCUCUUAGCUUAUGGCUUUCCAAUUCCGCCUACAUUUUUCUAUCCGUUUCCUUUAUUCAAAUGCUUAAAGCCUUGAUGCCUGUUGCCGUUUACUCCAUUGGUGUUUUGUUCAAUAAAGAAAACUUCAAACCCAGAACCAUGUCCAACAUGCUUUCCAUUUCUCUUGGUGUCGCUGUUGCUGCUUAUGGUGAAGCACAAUUCAACGCAUGGGGAGUUGCAUUACAGCUUGGGGCUGUUGCUUUCGAAGCUACUCGUUUGGUUUUGAUUCAAACCUUGUUGAGUUCAAAGGGUAUUACGUUUAAUCCCAUCACUUCGCUUUAUUAUGUAUCCCCUUGUUGUUUGCUUUUCUUGUCUAUUCCUUGGAUGAUCGUUGAGUACCCAUUGUUGAGCGAGGCUUCAAGUUUCAAGUUUGAUUACAUGAUGUUUUUAACGAAUUCUUUCUGUGCUUUUGCAUUGAAUCUUGCUGUGUUUUUGCUUGUUGGAAAGACUUCUGCGUUGACUAUGAAUGUGGCUGGGGUUGUUAAGGAUUGGUUGUUGAUCGCUUUUUCUUGGUCUGUUAUUAAGGAUACUGUGACUCCUAUUAAUCUUUUUGGUUACGGGUUUGCUUUCAUGGGUGUUGCGUAUUAUAAUCAUGCCAAGUUACAGGCACUUAAGGCUAGGGAAUCGGAGAAGAAGCCUGAUCUCAUUGAGGGAACAAAGCUGUUGGAGGAGAGUAAACUUGAAAAUGCAAUAAAGAAGAGUGAGUCUGCAAAUUAA